UAUAGUUAUUAAAAAUAUAUAUAAAUAUGCUUCAUCUUUUAAUUCCAUGAAAAUGUAACCAUAGGGUCAUAUGCGACUUUCUUUCAUUCAUAUUUGCUAACAAAAGCAGUUUUCUUUGUUAAAAUAAAAAAAAAAUAAUUGGAGGGAAUUAUAAAUGUACAACGUUUUGAGUUUACGUAACUAGCAAGACGGAAAAACGAAAGAUGAAUAAUGGCAAGAGUAUUACAGAAGUCUCUGCACCUAAAAGAGAGCAAACAUGUAUCCAAAACCAUCAUCAUUUGGAAUACAACCCAGAGCAUGAAGUUCUCAUCUCACUUGCAAAUGAAAUGUUUGGGCCUCACACAUGGAGCCACACUGUGACUUUUCAGAAUAUUGAUUACAUCGACCAUGAAGGCAGUGAAUAUUCAGUUGGUGUUAUGGCUUUAGUGAAAGUUGAGCUCAAGAAUGGAAUACAUCAUCAGGAUGUAGGUUAUGGGAUAUAUAGUGGAUCCUGCAGUAAAGGAAAUGCCAUAGCACAUGCUCGAAAGGAAGCUGUAACAAAUGGUUUGCGGGAAGCAUUGCGCAGUUUUGGUUGUCAUUUGACAAGGAAGGUGAAUGGAAGUUGCAGACAUACAGAUGUGUCAGUUCAGCUCAGUGCUUUUGAGAUGUCUCCUGAAAUGGAAGAGCACAGUUUGCUUGAAGAAGUUCCCAUUUCAAACAGGCAUUUAACAGACACAUCAGCACUGACUACUUGCCUGCAGACAGCCAAUGAUAAUCUUAAAUUAGAGAGGAAACGAAGACAGCGACAGAAGCAAGAAGAGUUUCUUCACCAAUUAAAACGGAAGCAAUCGACAAACUUGACAGUUUCUUCAGAUCUUCAGACAAAGUUACUGAUGGACAAAAACACAGGGAUCAGAAACAACGAAGAAAAGGAAAAUGACUUGAUGGAUGAUGAAACACUAAUAUCUACACAAGAACUGGAUCGUGUGGUACAGUCAGCAGAGGUACAGCAGAGUCGAACACCUCUCGUAUGUUCUCCUCCGAAAAGAACCAUGCAAACAUCUCCAUGGCCACCAGUCAGAGACACCAUCAUACCCAGGCAGCUCCUGAUGCAGCCCAGAAUUGCAGGUCAUAAUAUGGAACUGAACCACAGCAAAAACAGUGCUUGAGGACAGAAAAGUUGCAGAUAACAGCAGAACACAGUGGAGACUUUGUGCCUCUCAUACGUUUUCUUUUGAUUCAUAGCUUAAAGUCAAAUACAGUUCCACUGUCACCAGAGCAGAUUUUCUUUCAUUUAAGCAUACAGCAGAAUUUGUAUUUUCUGAUAGAUAAUUUGAAAGUCAAGUACUUUGGUGGUUUCCAUAGCAAGGAGGCAAUACACUAUUCUUGCUGUCAACAAGUUACAUUUUAUGUGGUUGCUGAACAGUUCAGUGGAACUUCCAUAUUGUAAGUUGCACUGAAAUUUUCCCAAGUGACCAACUUCCUGGGACACAAUUUGUUACAUAGAAAUUCUGAGGUCUUUCUGUUUGUCAAUAAAAAGUUAUAUUUCUUCUGUGAUCUA